AUGGCCAGCAGACAGCGCUUGUCCUCCCUGUUCCUCUCCCUCCUGCUCCCUGCACUGUUGCUCCUCCACAUGCCGGCCUGGGUGAAAGGCGACUGCUGGCUCAUAGAGGGGGAUAAAGGCUACGUUUGGCUGGCUAUCUGCAGUCAGAACCAGCCUCCGUACGAGACCAUCCCCCAGCACAUCAACAGCACGGUUCAUGACCUGAGGCUGAAUGAGAACAAACUUAAGGCUGUGCUCUUUACCUCCAUGUACCGCUUCACAAACCUCACUGACCUCAAUCUCACCAAGAACGAGAUCAGCUACAUAGAGGAUGGAGCCUUCACUGGACAGGCCAACCUACAGGUUCUUCAGCUGGGCUACAAUAAGAUGACUAACCUGACUGAGGGCAUGCUGAGAGGUCUGGGUCGAAUCCAAUGCCUCUUCUUGCAACACAACCUUAUUGAGGUCAUCGCUAGCAAUGCCUUCGGGGAGUGCCCCAGCCUCAGCAGCCUGGACUUAUCUUCCAAUAAGUUGGCUCGUCUUGAACCGUCUACAUUCAUGGGCCUCGACAGGCUGCAGGUGUGUGAACUGGCGGGAAACCCGUUCCACUGUAGCUGUGAACUUUCCACUUUCCUCAACUGGCUGGAGGCGUUCAACAAUGUCACCCACACCUACGACCGCCUCCAGUGCGAAACGCCUCUGGAAAUGAAUGGUUAUCCUCUUCUGAGCCCGCUGCCCGGGCACGGAAGAAAUGCCCAUUACACUCUUUUAUCCAUGUGUCGCAAUGGUGUAAUAAUUCCAGGGAUGACCUCACAGACACCAGAUCAAGAUGGGUCAGGCAUGGGUUUGGAUAACCCAGAUCAAGGUCUGUACCCCCAACCAACCAUAUCCUCCACUGCUGACCCCACCUAUCCCAAUCAGAUUUCCAUGAAGCUUCAAACUGUCUCCCUCUAUAGCGCUUCUCUAUUGGUACAGAUCCCACGACCAUACAGUAAGAUGUACAUCCUUUCCCAGUACAACCACAGCUUUGUUGCAGACGUCAAGCCUCUGAAAUUGAAGAAGGAGAUACUCACUUUGGAGAAACUGAAACCACACACAAACUACACUUACUGUGUGGCGUCUGCAAGCAAAUCUCAGCGGUACAACCACACCUGUCUGUUCUUCACCACACGAGCUUUGGGGUCAGAGGACCCACAAGCCAAUCCGUCCACAACUACCCACUACAUCAUGACCAUCCUGGGAUGUCUGUUUGGCAUGGUCAUUGUGCUUGGAGUAGUCUAUUACUGUCUCAGGCGGCGACGCAUCCUGGAGGAGAAGAAGAAAGCUAUAAGCGUGAAGAAAACUAUUUUGGAGAUGAGGUAUGGCCCGGAGGCGGCUGCUGCAGUGGCCAAUGACCCGGGUGCGAUGCAGCGUCUCCAGGAGCAAGCUCACCACCAGCACCACCAUUCAGGUGGAGCAGGAGGCAAGCUGCCCCAGUCUGCCUCCUCUAGCACAGGCUUGCUCCACGGAUCAGCCAACACCAGUACUUCACGCCUCUCCACCUUGCCGCAGGUAGAAAAAAUGGCCACUGCCUUUUCUGAGGCAAUGGGCGGCAAGGGCAACUACAUUGAUGUGAGGACGGCGGGAAUGGCAGUGGAAGGCAGGGAGGGAGGGGUGGGAGCUGGAGGUGCAGUGAUGGGAGGGGAAGCAGUCGUGGAUAUGCGAGGUGGGGCUGAGAAUGGGACAGAGGCUGGGGAGGAUUCGGAUGAUGAUGGCCGUGGCUCAGCAUCAGAGAUCUCCACCAUCGCCAAGGAGGUGGACAAGGUGAACCAGAUCAUCAACAACUGCAUCGACGCCCUGAAGCUGGAUACCUCUGCUUGUGUCGUAACCAGCGCUGACAACGCCAACUCCGUGUCCAACUCUCAGCCGCUAACUUGCAUCGCAUCCCUCCCUCGCAACCUCCUUCCUUUAUCUCCGGGCCACCUUGGCGAUCAGAUCAUGGCCUCCUCUCCAAAGGUGCAUCCAAAGUCUCACCCCCAACCUCAUCCUCAGCCUCACCCCCUGCAACAUCCUCAGCAGCAUCCUCAGUUACAUCCUCAGCCCCAUCCUCAGUUACAUCCCCCUCACCCGCCUUCCAUGGCCCCAGUGCCCCUUGUCAUGCCCCUGUCUGAGCGACCGGGCAUAAGCGGUGGGGGUUUCCUUUCCCCUCCUUACCGUGACCCACCGCCAGCCAAUGCAGUGCGGCCCCUUCAGAGGCAGUUGAGUUCUGACACUGCUGUGAAGAACCGUUGUAACCCUGCAGCGGGAUCAAACAAGAGUAACAGGGUGUACAGUGUGGAUAUACCCGAGCAGCGCAGCGACCCUCCCAAGUACCCGAUGGAAAAAGGAAGCCCUGUGGGUUGUGGUGGAGGGGGCGGAAAUGGAGGAGGUGGUGGAGGAGGUGGCGGAGUAGGCGGCUGCAACGGAAAUGGGAUGGGAAACAUCAAUGGUGGUGGGGUGAGUGUGAAUGGGGGUGGGAUGGGGUGUAAUAACGGGAACGGAGGUGGAGGUGGAGGUGGGGGUGCAGUGGUUGGCCCAGGACAGCACCAUCAGCAUCACUUGGAGGUUCAGCCAGACUACCACAGCUCUGAGCACCGCCACUCCUUCCCUGCGCUCUACUACGAGGGCGGCAACGAAUCACCCUUACCAGCCCAAAAGGCUUCAUUCCUCAAGCCACUGGGCCGCACCAAGAGGGAUGCCACAGCCACCUACUCCCAGCUCUCACCUUCCCGUCACCACAACUACAACUCUGGCUACUCCUCCAGUCCAGAGUAUUCGUCUGAGAGCACACUGCGGAUCUGGGAGCGAUUCCGGCCUUACAAGAAGAGCCCCAGAGAGGAAGCAUCCUAUAUAGCGGCAGGCCACGCCCUGCGUAAGAAGGUGCAGUUUGCCAAGGAUGAGGACCUUCACGAUAUUUUGGACUACUGGAAGGGGGUUUCUGCCCAACAGAAGCUGUGA